AUGUUCGGUAACGUGUGCGAGGCAUGCGGCUUCGAGCACGUCGACGACAACACGCUCCAGUCGCAUGUGUCUAAGAAUGUCAAGUGCAGGAGGAAGAUACAGCACUCUCGUGCCCAGCGGCUGGUGGAGGCAUAUCGGGAAGCGCUGCGCGCCAGGCGCGGAGCAAGGCCCCGUUCACCCGUGCGUUCUCGACACAGCUAUGAAGGCGACUCUGCGGAGAGGGGCGUAGUGGAACCUGUUGCAGUUACCGAUCAACCCGACCCUCCCAAAGGCCUAGAGGAGGAUAGCGACGAGGAUGAGAGUGUCAUGUCAGUGAUUGACGACGGCUUCAAUACUCUGGUCGAACUGUACAUCUUCUUCCGCGAGGAAGAUCUGUCUAGAAGGGAGGUGAACAGACUUCUUAACAUAUUUCAGAACCCUAAUUUCUCUUUGAGGGACGUGAGGCGGUGGCUGAAUUUCGUGGACGUGAGACGCUUUGGGCGCGACAGGGCGCCAAGUGAUCAUGUCCCAUGGAAGACGAAUGACAUCAAGUGCUACGGCCCGAGAGGAAGGAUGUGUACGCUGCUGCUGCACUACCGAGAUACUGAGCUGACCAUCAACCCAUCGUGGACAUGCGUGUGGCAGCUGGUGAAGAAAUUGCUACGCGCAUUCCAGCACAUUGUGGGAUUUGUGACCAAGCCUCGGGCGGACGAGGAAGACACCGAGGAGGUGCGGCAUUACAGCACUCCCAACACGGGGAAAUGGCUGGAAGAAGCGCAGGCGGUGAUUGGGGAGGAGGACUGCAUUGUGCUGGGUGUGAUUGUGUACAGCGACAGCACGCACGCCUCGAGGAAUGGCAGACUGGCGGCAUGGCCGGUCCUAAUCAGUUUGUUCAACAUCCCGAAAGCGCUCCGCUGGCAGGAGCCGGGCCGCGUAGUGGCUGGGGUGCUGCCGUUCCCGCCAGAGUGGGCGUCGUCGACCGAGAAGACACGCAUUUUCCAGCAGUGCAUGGAGGUGAUCUUCGAGCCCCUACUUCGGGCGCAUAGAGGAGCCAAGUUGCGGUGGUUUUAUGUGACGGACGCGACAGGCAAGGUGGUGAAGGCCUUUCCCUGCCUUUUCGGACAGCUGGGGGACUUCCCAGAGUCGUCGCGGUCUACUGCGACUCUGCAGCAAGGCUCACAUCGGCCGUGUUCUUCGUGCUACAUCAAGGAGACACAUCUGGCAGACCUGUCACAUAAGUCGGUGGUGCGGACGGUGGGGCUGCAGAGACGGGUCGUGGAGGCAAUUCAGUCGGCUGACGACAGCAAGGCGGCGGAGAAAAUCAAGAAGCGAUGGUCCACACACCCUGUGCAUUGCUAUCUGGAAAGGUGGAACUUUGCCGAGACCACGUGGGGUAACGUGUUCCUCGCAUGCGCGGCGGACCUUCUCCACGUCCUGGACGGGGGAAUGCUGACACGCAUGGGCAAGUGCUUUAUGAUUGGGAAGAGCAAGCCGGAGAGGCGUGAGUUUGAGAGGCGCCGCAAGGAACAGAAGAAGGACACGCGCGCAAGUGUGGUGCGCGUCCCGGGGGGGACCACAUGGUUCAGCACAGGGGCGAACUACGCCGCUUUCGAGCACAGGGGGAUGAUGCAGGUGAUGCCCCUGCUUAUUGCAGACAACAUGGAGAAGAGCAAGCCGCCGGCUAAGGCUAAACGGGAACGGAAGGUGGCGGCGUUUGUGGCGUACGCCAGCUUCUACAAGGCGCUGGUGGGCGUGACGAAGCAUACCGAGAAGUCUCUGGACGACGUCCGAGAGAUGGAUGUGCAGUACGUACAUCCCCGUUAUUCAUGUUAUUUUUGUUGCGCAUCGGGCGUGAUGUCCGGCCUAAGCGUGACUCCCAUGCGCACACGCAGGAUGGUGGCCGCCAUUAAGGCCGCAUUCCCUGACCAGACGUUGGACUGGAACAUCCCUAAGGUGCACCAGAUCGUGCACUUGAUUGACGGCAUACCAUUGCGUGGUAUGCCGAAUGAGACAUCCACCAACCUUUGGGAGCACACGCACAAGGGCACGGUGAAGGUGCCAGUCCGAGGCAGCAACUGGCAUGACAUCCCGCGCCGUAUUGUCGAGGAGGAGGUGCAGCGCGAGAUUGCACGGGAGGCCGUGCGAAGCAUGAAGCCGAAACUGACAAAGAAGUCAAGGAGGGCGCACGUGGACGAAGACCUGGAUGCGGUGAUGUGGGCAUAUCGCGAAGCUCAUGGGUCAGACAUGGACGCACUCGCCGGGUGCAUGGUGGCGCAGGCAUCCCCACCACUACCAUCAAGGGCCAGAGCCGUGUGCAGACAUCACACCGCAUCCAAUGUCCUCCAUCUCGGUUGCCCGGCGUACGCAGGUGCACACAUUCGUGGCGAUCCCCCGAACGCGGGGGGGGGGGGGGAGCUUGUGCCCAAGGGCACAUUCGUGAAGGCCAGCCCUUCUGAGCGGUGGUUUUCUGACAUCGCAGUGUUCCGGUCUGACGAAGAGGAGUGGUACGCAAGGUGCCUCUGCAUCUUCCGCGCCAAGGGGGCGGACGGGGAGAUGGGGCGGCACGUGUACAUGAAGUACUAUGAGGAGGAGGGCACGUGCCCGAUGACGACAUGCUUGCAGCUGUCUCCCGGCCGUGUGAGAACAAGAUAUGCGGUGGUGGAAGUCGAGUGCAUCCAGAGGGUGGUGCACGUGUGCAAGUCCUAUGUGAACAAGCGGGUCAUGCUCCUGAACAAGUUCCUGCUGACAGAGUGA